AUGGCGGCGGCCGUGGCGCCGCCGCUCUGCACCUGGCUCGUCGCCGCCUGCCUCUCCGCGGCCUGCGGCGAUGGCGAGAAGGAGACGCAACGCAGGCACCGCGGUGGCGGCGUCGGGGGUCUCUUCGGCUCGCGCCGCCGCCUCGGCUCUGGGCGCCGCGGCGGGGCGCGCUCUGGAAUGGCCAUGUCUGUUGCCUUGCAUCCUGAAAGGACAGUUGUGGAAAGUAAGAAACCUGAUAUGAAAGAAAGGAGAGUGGUUGUCACUGGCAUGGGCGUAGUGACGCCACUAGGCCAUGAUCCUGAUGAAUUCUACAAUAACCUUUUAAGGGGUAUCAGUGGAAUAAGCGAGAUAGAGGCAUUUGAUUGCUCUCACUAUCCCACGAGGAUCGCGGGAGAAAUCAAAUCGUUUUCGACAGAUGGUUGGGUUGCAGCAAAGCUAGCUAAGCGAAUGGACAAAUUUAUGCAAUAUUUGAUAACGGCUGGAAAGAAAGCAUUGGAGAAUGCUGGAAUCACUGAAGAAGUCAUGAAUGAGUUGGAAAAAUCAAGAUGUGGAGUCCUCAUUGGGUCUGCUAUGGGUGGCAUGAAGGUUUUCAGUGAUGCGAUUGAAGCUUUGAGGGUUUCCUACAAGAAGAUGAACCCAUUUUGUGUACCUUUUGCAACUACAAACAUGGGUUCUGCGAUACUUGCUAUGGAUCUGGGUUGGAUGGGCCCAAAUUACUCUAUCUCUACUGCUUGUGCGACUAGCAACUUCUGCAUUCUGAAUGCAGCUAAUCAUAUCAGGAGAGGGGAAGCUGAUUUGAUGCUUUGUGGUGGUUCUGAUGCACCAAUCAUCCCUAUUGGAUUGGGAGGUUUUGUGGCCUGCAGAGCUCUUUCACAGAGAAACAGUGAUCCAGCAAAAGCUUCUCGACCUUGGGAUGUGGAUCGGGAUGGAUUUGUUAUGGGAGAAGGGUCUGGUGUGCUUGUUUUGGAAGAACUUGAGCACGCAAAGCAAAGAGGUGCAGAAAUAUAUGCUGAAUUUCUAGGAGGAAGUUUCACAUGUGAUGCAUACCAUAUGACAGAGCCUCAUCCUGAAGGGAAAGGGGUAAUUCUUUGUAUUGAAAAAGCAUUAGCAGAUUCUGGAGUAACAAAGGAGGACAUUAACUAUAUAAAUGCUCAUGCAACAUCUACACAGAUGGGUGAUUUGAAGGAAUUUGAAGCUCUCAACUGUUGUUUUGGCCAGAAUCCUCAGAUACGAGUGAACUCAACGAAGUCGAUGACAGGCCAUCUGCUAGGAGCUGCCGGUGGAAUAGAAGCUGUUGCUGCUAUACAAGCUAUAAGGACAGGUUGGGUGCAUCCAAAUGUCAAUUUGGAUAAUCCAGAGAAAAAUGUGGAUGUCAGCAUGCUGGUGGGUCCACAGAAGGAAAGAUGUGAUGUGAAGGUGGCACUGUCGAACUCAUUUGGAUUUGGUGGGCACAACUCAUCGAUUUUGUUUGCACCAUUCAAGUGA